GAGCCCAGCAUUACAAUGUGGGUACAGGACUUUCCGUACUUGAAGCUGACCAUGAACUGUUCAUUCGAGAAUGGUUCCAACCCCCAACUUUCCUGGAUGGAAGACAAUGCCAGUCUCCUGUUUGAGCCACGGUUCCAGCUGUCUGCUGACCUCCGCAGUUUAGUUGUCAUCAACCUAACCAGCUCAGAUUGUGGAGUUUAUAUUUGCACCAUUCAAAACCAUGUGAACAGGGUCCAGACCCAGCAGCUCAUUGCAGGUGACCAGUUCCAGGCCUGUUUGCAACUCCUCAGUCAGGGGAAAUAUUUAGCUGUUGUCCUCUGCAUCUUGCUUGUGUUCAGCUCCAUCGUGACUAUCAUUGUGAUCAAACUCCACAGAAAGAGGCAACGGGGUGAUGUUCUCAAUGCACCUGCAAAGAAUGCCAAGGGCAGCACAGAAACAACUGGGAGAGGGGAGGUCUCAGUCCCAGGCAGGCCACAGGAAUCCACUGCCUGGAUUGGAGAGGAGGGUGGCUCACCCACACACUUCAGUUUGAGUCGCACUGUGCGGGUUCUGGGCACUCUAUAAACGGGGGCGAGUAAGGGUUUAUGAGUCUCCAGGGGCAUUCUCCAAGGGGAAGCUGCUCAUUUCCGUGCGG